CAUAGCCCGAUAGAGUGAAUAACAUGGUCUGUAUAACAUGGGCCUUAGCUGUUUGAUUGCAUUGUGAAUUUGAACUUUAUUGUGAACUUAUAUGUUAUUGGGAUUUUUGAGUUCCUUAUUAAUACUAGGUGGUUUAGCGAGAUAGAAUACUUCCUAUUUUCUUUGUUUAAUAUCGCUUGAGAUAUGCUUUGGGGUGAGUUCACCAAGUCGGAAAGAGCUGACGCUUCACGAAAAUUUAUACCAGUUAAUAUUAAAAGACUGAAACUUAAUGAAAUAAAGAAGAGACCACCAAAAACAGUUGGUAGGAAAAGUGUUAACAUAAAAAUGAAGAAUCCGUUAGUUACACAAACAAUUGAAGUCAUGAAGCAAACUGAAAUGCUCCAGUCUUUAAUUGAUACCUAUUCCAAUAAAUCGGGGUCGCCGAAUGAUCUCAGUCCAUGUCAAAUGAUACCAGAAGUAGAUUUUCCCCCUGAAAAUUCUGCCGAUUUCAUUAUCAAUGAUGAAAAGUUUGCAAAACCUACUUUCUUUAUUCCACCUAAAGAAAAUUGCUUUGCGCUCAGUUUGCCAACGCAUUAUCCGGAAAUUAAUACUGAAGUAUGUCAAGCAUUAAUUCGGAAGGCGGUAUGUGGUCAAUUACGUGCAACAGGUUUCACGGAUUCGGUGGAUUCCGCUAUUACUUUGUUUUCAGACGCAGCUGUAGAAUUUUUGCGUAUUUUAUUAACAGAGAUUGGUGCGGUUUGUUCUCACAAUCAUGUCAUUACAAUCCAACGAGUACCUGAUAUUGCAUUAUUGGAAAAAUCUUAUUAUUCAAUAACAUCAAAUUCAUUAACACAACUGUAUCAUUAUUUUAAACAAGUAAUUGCAAAAAAUCGUAUAGAAAUCGCGGAAUAUAAUGGAGUACGUUUAGAAUAUGAUAAAUUAAUGAAAGACAGUUUAACUAUUGUAAAACACGAAUGCCAACUUACAGACGGUAUAGAAAAUGCAGAUCACGGCUAUAGAUACAUAUCCACUGCCAAACAACAAACUGACGUGAGCACGCGUAGCUCACAAAUAGUGGAGGGCAUAGUUUAAACGCACUCAUUUGAAUAAUUCUAAUUCCAAAUAAACCCAUAAACCACACACAAAUUAAAUAAAAUAAAACAAAUCCAAUGAAUUAAAAUCUAUUUGCAGUUAUUUAUUUUUUUGUUUGAAACUAAUUUUCGACACAUUCCAACAGUUCCUCCGCCGUAAAUCCUUGUAUUCAUUUUGUGGACCUAUUAAUUUAAAGGUCCCUUUAUUAUUUAAUUUGUACCGAAAGAAAUUCCGAGGGUGAAGCCGUUUCCUUGACCAUAACGAUAAGUCAUUUGAAUUUAAUAUAGAUUGAGCAUUGACAGAUGCAGAUUCGAACUUAGUUUCCAGAUUCAUUUCAAAGUCAUUACACCCACUACUUUUGAAAAUUGUUCGUUUGAUGUUUUGUUCAAAUUCCUCAUAUGUUUUAACGUAAUUAUUAGCAUUCUGUAGAAGUGUAGUGUCACUUUCGAAAUAUUUUGGGGCAGCAAGUGGUGCAGACUCUCCCUGGUAAAACUCAUUUUCUUUUAUAAUUCUGUAAGAUAAUCUUUCAUGAACGAAAUGCAUUAAA